CACAUACUUGCAGCCUUGCCCAAAGAAUACCGCAAACUGAGGUGAACAUAGAUCCAUGUACUUCCCAACAAAAAUAUAUAUACGAUGAGCUCGAACGCACCAUCAAGCACGACACAAGCACCUAGCCGUGCACAUGUCGUUGCUCUGUUCACAGUACUUUGCACCUUGCUUGGCCUUGCUUUUCUAUUUCACUACCGAGCCAAAGCAAAGUCCCUGAAGAAAACCGAGCUGCACCGACUGCCGCCAGGGCCGUCUGGGAUGCCUAUCCUCGGCAGCAUGCACUGUCUAGUUUCUAAAAGGCCGGUGUUUCAAUGGGUUCAUCGCCUUUUCAAGGAUAUGAACACCAAUGUCCUCUGCCUCCGCUUUGGAGCCAUACAUGUCGUAGUAGUUGCCUGCCCAGAGAUAGCCCGUGAGGUUCUCAGAAAGAAUGAUGCAGUUUUCGCAUCUCGCUCCUUGACAUUCGUCUCUGGACUGUUCAGCUUCGGGUACAAGGCUGUAGGCCUAUCGCCAUAUGGGGAGCAGUGGAAGAAGAUGAGGCGGAUUCUCACCUCUGAGAUCCUAUCUACGUCAAUGGAGCAACGAUUGCAGCACCGACGAGCGGAGGAGGCCGACCGCCUCGUCAGGUUCGUGUACAACCAAUGCAACACAUCAGCAAAUAAAACUAACAGCAUCAUUGAUGUACGUCAUGUAGCCCGGCAUUUUUGUGGUAACAUGAUACGGGGACUCAUGUUCGGCAAGACACACUUCUUCCCUGCUGGUGCUGGUGCUGAUGCUGUCAACAAUGGCAGCAGCAGCCCAGGCCCUGAUGAAGUGGCUCACGUAGACGCGAUCUUCACACUGCUCAACUACAUGGGUUUCUCCAUCUCAGAUUACAUUCCUGCUACGUGGAAGUGGAUGAUUACUGCCCUCGACCCUGACGGUCGUAAGAAGAUUAGGAGCGUAAUGAAUACUCUAAACAGAUUGCAUGAUCCCAUCAUAGAAGAGAGGAUCCAUGAGUGGCAUACACUUCACAAACACAGUAACAAGAGAGAGGCCAGGGACUUUCUUGAUGCCCUUGUUUCUCUUGAGGACUCACAAGGGCGACCUCUUUUAUCGAUUGAUGAAAUAAAAGCACUGACAGCGGAGAUAAUGUUUGCAUCUGUUGACAAUCCAUCAAACGCAGUUGAGUGGGCAUUCGCGGAGAUGAUGAACAGACCAGAGGUGAUGCACAAAGCAGUACAUGAACUAAACAGUGUGGUUGGCAAAGACAGGCUCGUCCAAGAAUCAGACAUACCUCACCUCAACUAUCUGAAAGCAUGCAUACGAGAGGCCUUUCGCUUACACCCGGACCAUGCUUUCAACCUACCCCAUGUCUCCAUGGAAGACACCAGAGUUUCUGGUUACCUCAUUCCAAAGGGCACCCAUGUUCUUCUGAGCCGAGUGGGGCUUGGACGGAACUCUGAUGUCUGGGAUGCUCCUCUCCAGUUCUGGCCAGAGCGACAUCUCAUGAUGGACAACAAGUCAGAGCUUGCGCUUGUGGAACUCACCGAGCCGGACCUCAGGUUCAUCUCGUUUAGCACAGGUAGGAGGGGAUGCCCAGGGGUGUCACUUGGCAGCUCCAUUACAUUAAUGCUAUUUGCAAGGCUUCUGCAAGGGUUUACGUGGACCAAACCUUCUGGUGUUCGUGCAAUAGAGCUCAAGGAAUGCACUACAAGUCUUGAACUAGCUGAGCCACUCUUCUUACAAGCUCAGCCUCGUUUGCCGGUGCAUCUUUAUGUGCCUUAUGUGUCUGUUUAGCACCAUAGUCUGGGCUCUGAUGGUGCAGCUUUAUAUUACAUUUAUGCGAUCAUGCAUGUAUAUCCUGUGGUGGAUGAAGUAUAUUAGUGUGAUCUUGCAUUGUGUGCUUAUGUAUGGUCUAUUUAUUACCCUAAAAUAAUAGUCUGUCUACUAGUUUUUUGUUUGUGUGUGUGCUGACCUGUUUAUGGUCGUGUACCGUGUACGUCCAAUGAAAAUAAUA